AAUUAAAACCUUUGAGAGUUGGGUUUUGGCGAAGAAGCCAAGUAACAAAGAAAAAGAUGAAGAAAGUUGAGAAGGGUCGGAGUCGGACCUUCCCGGUGGAUCCGAAUGUGCCCAGAUGGGUUUGUCAGAACUGUCGCAACUCUCUCUGCAUCGUCGGCGUCGAUUCGUACGCCGACAAGUUCUUCAGCGAUCCAUCUCGCUCCGGGAUGCAAGGAUCAUCCAUUCAUGGUGCCAGCAGUGUAAUGAGUACAACUAAAAUGGACAAUUCGUAUGUGGUGUUGCCAAAGCAAAGACCUCAGGCUCAAGGGGUUCCUCCUCGGCCUCGUGGCGGAGCUGGUCAGUCUGAUUCCGCCAUGCCUGGAAAGGCAAUGGAAGAGUCGUUUGUAGUUGUGGACAAGUCUGAGUCUGCAUCCGAUGGAAGCGGGACCAGCUCGUCGAUGCCGGGGGCUGAUCCUGGUGGUCAUUUGCCGCCUCAUAACUCUGGAUUCAACUCGACCAUUACUGUCCUGACUCGGGCAUUUGAGAUUGCCACGACGCAGACGCAGGUUGAACAGCCUAUGUGCCUUGACUGCAUGAGGGUGUUGUCUGAUAAGCUUGAUAAAGAGGUUGAAGAUGUGAACAGGGAUAUUGAAGCCUACGAAGCCUGUCUUAAACGCUUGGAGGGGGAAACUAGAGAUGUCCUCAGUGAGGCUGAUUUUCUUAAGGAGAAAUUGAAGAUUGAGGAAGAAGAAAGAAGACUUGAAGCGGCAAUUGAAGAAACAGAGAGACAGAAUGCUGAAGUAAAUGCUGAACUGAGGGAACUAGAGUUAAAAUCUAGCCGCUUUAAAGAAUUGGAGGAGAGGUAUUGGCAUGAAUUCAAUAAUUUUCAGUUUCAAUUAAUUUCUCAUCAGGAGGAGAGAGACGCAAUUUUGGCAAAAAUUGAAGUUUCACAAGCACAUUUGGAAUUGUUGAAGCGAACAAAUGUGCUCAAUGAUGCCUUCCCCAUUUCUCAUGAUGGAGAGUUUGGAACAAUUAACAAUUUUCGACUUGGAAGACUCCCUAAAAUUCCAGUCGAAUGGGAUGAGAUAAAUGCUGCCUGGGGCCAAGCUUGCCUUCUCCUUCAUACAAUGUGCCAGUAUUUCCGACCAAAGUUUCAAUAUCGAAUAAAAAUAAUUCCAAUGGGUAGCUACCCUCGUAUCACAGAUGGCAACAACAAUACUUUUGAGCUGUUUGGUCCAGUCAACUUGUUUUGGAGUACUCGCUAUGACAAAGCAAUGACAUUGUUUUUAGCAUGCCUCAAGGAUUUUGCAGAAUUUGCCAAGUCUAAGGAUCAAGAGAAUAACAUACCACCCGAGAAAUGUUUCAAACUACCUUAUAAAAUUGAGAAUGACAAAGUGGAAAACUAUUCCAUCACUCAAAGCUUCAAUAAGCCGGAAAAUUGGACCAAAGCUCUCAAGUACACUCUUUGCAAUUUGAAAUGGGCUCUCUAUUGGUUUGUUGGAAAUACGAACUUCCAGCCUCUUUCAGCAAUGGUAUCUUCAAAUGCUGAAGUGCCAGCUGUAGGAUCUUUGUACAUGAAACGCGGUACUGAAGCUAAGUCUGAAUCUCGACACUAGAGAUAUUCUUGGAUUUAGGCAACACACUAAUGUGUUCAUAGAACUAUGUUCUCUUUAGAAGUCCAUAGAAAUGUAGAUUGUAUCACAAAAUAUCCAAUACAAAUAGCAUAUGUUCUAUUCUAUUUAACAAUAUUGGAAUUAAUCUAGUCUAUUUUGUUGUCAAAAUGCA